CAUUUCCUGCUUUUACAAAAAAUCAAGGUGUCUUUUCACUUUACAAAAGCGUUGCGUGGUUCUUUCAAGGUGUUUGGUGUGUUUCUUCUUGCUUUACGAAGGUAUUGAGUGGCUCUUUCAAGGUGCUUGGUGGCUCAUUCUGCUUUACAAAGGUGUGUGUUUUCUCUCUUGUGUGGUUCUCUCAAGGUACUUGGUGGCUCAUUUCACUUUGCAAAAGUGUGGUGAAUUUUUUUGACCUUAGAUUUGAACCUCUUCUCCAAGAAUUAUUGGAUUCUGAUCAUGAAUUUGUAGACUUUCGUCAAGAAGCAACAGACUCUCCUCAAGUAGUGGGCUUCUCUCAAGAAGUAGUGGGCUCCUCUCAAGAAGUAGUGGACUUCUCUCAAGAAUUAGUGAACUUUCCUCAAGAAUUAGUAGACAAUGAAACCCAUAAAGGGCAAGAUUUGGUUGGGGUUAAUGGUUCAUUACCUCAAAUUAACAAGCCAAUAGUAUUUGUCAUUGGCAAUAGCUUUCCUAACUGGCCAAUUGCAGAACAUUAUAUUGCUAAGUAUGGCUGUCAAAAAGGAUUUGUAGCAAUUAAGAUAUGUAAUAAAACUGAUAAUGCUAGAUGUUUAACGAAUUUGUAUUUUAAAUGUGAAUUUGGUGGAACAUAUCAACCAAAAAAAGUUGAUAACUUACAAAAUCAACAUAAUAAAGGCUUUAAAAAAGUUGAUUGUAAUUGGAGAAUUAAUUUGUCAUCUGCAACUGGCGUGGUUUGCAUUACUAGUUUUAAUGAUCACCAUGUUAAACAUCAACUUUUCCCGGAUACCAACAUUUUUGCACCUGCAAAUCACCGGUUUUCUGAUGAUUGUCGUGAAGAAAUUCGUCACUUAGUAGUGAAUGAGCAUAAAGUGGAAGAAAGUGAUGCAUCACGCCUUUUAAAACAGCUUUAUGAAUAUAGAGACAAUGAUCCCAAUUGGUAUAUUGAGCCCUUAAUCGAUUCUAUUAUACAAGAUAAUAUGGCCCAAACAAAUUAUUAUAAUUUUCCUUUGUGUCUUUUUGUCUUGGUUGAUAACCAUAAUAAAACACGAAUUGCAGCACAGGCUCUAAUGCCUGAUGAAACUAUUGAAUCUUUUUGUUGGGUUAUGCAACAGUUAAAAAAAGCAACUGGAAUUUCUCCAAGAAUUUUGAUGACCAAUGAAUAUCUCUCUAUAAAAUAUGUUAUGGCUCAUGAUUUUCCGGAUACAAAGCAUCUUUUUUGUUUAUACCAUUUAAGCCAAAAUAUUUCAAAGAAUCUUCACAGUAAGCUUGAUGAACAGUAUGCGGAUUUUAUUAGAGAUUUUUAUUUAGCACACAAUAGUUUGAGUGAAAAUGAAUCAUGGGCAUGUGCUUAUACAUUUAGAACUUUUACCGGUGGAAUGCAAUCAACUCAAAGAGUUGAAGGACUUAAUAAUCUUAUUAAAACCGCUAUAAAUAGUUCAUCAACACUACUACAAGUAAUGGAAGCAAUACAUUAA